AUGGCCAAGGGAAUCGAAGUGUCCAACAACGAGAAAGAGUUUCUAUUUGAAGCAUUGAAACAAGGAAUAAGGCUUGACGGGAGAAAAACAGAUCAGUUUAGAGAUGUUGAAAUCACUUUAGGUGAUGAGUAUGGUUAUGUUGAUGUUAAAUUAGGUAAAACUAGAGUUGUUGCUCGUAUAUCGGCUGAAAUAGUGACACCAUAUGAAGACAGGGCUUUUGAAGGUUUAUUUCAAGUCUCUACCGAGAUUAGUCCAAUGGCUUCUGCAAUGUUUGAAAAUGGAAGACAAUCUGAUGAUGAAUUAUUGAUUACAAGAACUGUUGAGAAAGCUGUUAGAAGAUCUGGUGCUUUGGAUUUAGAAUCAUUAUGUAUAAUAGCAGGAUCUAAAUGUUGGUCAAUCAGAGCAGAUGUUCAUUUCUUAGAUUGUGAUGGUGGAUUUAUUGAUGCUAGUUGUAUUGCUGUAAUGGCUGGUUUACAACAUUUCAGAAAAAAUGAUAUAACAGUUUCUGGUGAACAAAUCAUUGUACACCCCGUGGAAGAAAGAGCACCAGUAGAACUUUCCAUAUUACAUGUUCCAAUUUGUGUUACAUUUGCAUUUUAUAAUCCAACAAAUGUGGAGGAAAAUAUAAAAGGUGAUUCAAAUAAUGAAAUUUCAGUUGUUGAUGCCACAUUACAAGAAGAAUUAUCACAAGAUGGUACAUUAACAGUAACAAUCAAUAAAAAUAGAGAAAUUUGUCAAAUUACAAAAGCUGGUGGUCUACCAAUGGAUGCUUUAACAUUAAUGGAUUGUAGUCGAAAAGCUUAUACAAUUGCAGAAAAAAUUACAAAUCAAAUAAAGAAUUUAUUAGAAAAAGAUUUUAAAAAACGUAAUGAGGGUAUACAAUUUAGAGAAUUAAAAUCAAACAAUGAUAGAUGA